CCUCUCCCAUUCCCCCUCUAUAAAAAGGCCUCUACGGCUGAUCAUCCCCUUCGCAAGAUCACUCGAGCCAGCCAAGCAACAUCAACAGCAGCUUCUUGCUGUCUCUCCAGAGUCCCUGCGCGCCAUGGGAUCCUUGGGCCCUACCGUGACCGUGAGCAUGGCCAAGCCCAACGGCGGCGUCGGCGGCCAGCCGCCGGAGCAGGAGAGGAACGAGGGCGGCGGCAGGUGCGGCGUGUUCGGCAGCGGCGUCUGCGGCUUCCGGAUGCCGCUGCACUACCCGCGGUACAAGAAGGCGGACUACGAGGCGAUGCCGGAGUGGCGCGUUGACUGCCUGCUCCGCGAGUACGGCCUCCCCGCCGACGGCGACCUCGACAGCAAGCGCCGCUUCGCCAUGGGCGCCUUCCUCUGGCCCGACGAGUACUGAACUGGAGAAGGAAGCUCACCGCCGCCCGGGCGUGAUUUCACCCUGCCACCGUAUAUUCAGAGGACGAGGCUGCAUCUAUCUGCACGCAGCUUCAGUAAUACCACAUAGUAUACUACAUAGCAGUAGCAACCUGAUUAUGUAUCUCGUCACACUCACUAUUUAGAAAGAGGGUCAUCUUAACUUAAUCAUCUGCGUGUAAUAUGACACAGAGGCGGUGAAUGCGUGUUUCUUGCGCCCUGUAUGGCUAUGGAAUAAGAUGUGUUUAUUUUAUCAGA